ACUAAAGGUAAGAAUCCCUAAGCACGGACCCAGGACUUGUUUUUGCUUUAUUAGCCAUAAAGUAAAAACGACAUUCUGGGUACGAGAUUAUGAGGACGACUACGUGUGGUGGAGUGUGAAAAGUGCGUUUUGAAAUAUGAUUCAGAGCGCAGCCAUCCUGUAUUAUAUAUUUCAAACAAUGUCUUUUAGUGGCCCUCUAAUAUUUGUAAACAUAAAAUUUCAAAAUGGAGGCGCGUGAACAAGAUAAAGAGCACGAGCAUGGUGUUAUGGAAGUUCCUAUGAAUAGUGGCGAGUUUCAAGAAGUUAGAGUAGUUUUGAAUAAUCAACUAAUUACAGCCGCCACUUUUGAUUCACAUGAACAAUUACUUUGGGCUGGAACACAAACCGGUCAUGUUACUUCCUAUUAUGGACCUUCUUGUCUUAAAUACACUGCUUUUCAAGCCCACCACUCUGAUGUUCGAAAGAUGCUGUCUGAUGCACAUGGUAUUUUGUCAUUGUCUCCAAAUCAAGUUCGUUACACAACCAAACAAGGAUUAAAGAUUUAUUCUACUGGCACCGAUGGUAUGCACUCAAUGCACACUAUGUUACGCGGAAAUCAUUUGAAAGAUAAUUAUGUUUUGCUAGCUGGUGAAAAUGAAUAUUUUUUCGAGCUUGAUUUAACAUCUGGCGAUGUUUAUCAAAAAAAUGAGACUCCUUAUGAACCAAGUACUGUUGUUUUAAAAGAAUCAAAUCAUUAUUUAUGCUGUGGCCAUAAGACUGGAAAGGUUGUUUUGCACGAUCCUGAUAGUUUAGAACCAACUCACACACUCCAAGCACAUAACGGUGCAUUGUCAGAUUUAGAUGUGAAUGGUAAUCUUCUUGUCACGACUGGUUUUUCCAACCGAUAUAAUCAUCUCACUGUUGAUCCGUAUCUUAUGGUUUAUGAUCUGCGAACACUUAGAGCCUUUCCACCCGUUCAACUUCCAAUUCAACCAUUUCUUGUGAGAUUCAUGCCUACUUACACAUUACGCUGCUUGGUUCUAUCUCAGAGUGGUCAAUUUGUUUUCUGUCAACCAGACAGUCUUGUUGUUGAUCCAGACAUGUAUCAAGUAAAUAACCAAGGAGCUGCCAUUAUGGAUUGUUGUGUUUCAGAUAACUAUCAAUCAUUGGCGUUUGGUGAUACAUCUGGUUUUCUCCACUUGUGGGCUGACAUAAGAACAGGAGAGUUUGUGUUUAACCACAGUACACAGCAAACUGUAUUUCCUGACGAGGUCCAGCCUUUAAAUGCGUUUGCUAUUGAUGACUGGUCAAUACCGCUGACAACUAUACCAAUGCCAAAAUCAUCCGAACCCUUGUUAUCUGAUUGGCCAGAACAUUUACUGAAGAGAGCAGACAGGCCUACACCACCAAUUGAUCCUGAUAUUUUAAAAAAUAUGACGAUUAGACAAUUCGUUGGUUAUGCUCCCAAUCCAAAAAAGAGAUUAAGAAAUCAGGUGGCAUACAGACUGGAAUCUCAUUCAAGUGAUUAUCCAUACCCAGAAUCUCCUAUGAAUAGAGAAGCAAGUAGCAUGGUUCCAAAAAUCUACCAAAGGGUUGAUAUCAAAUAUUCGAAGUAUGGUGUUGAAGGCUUUAAUUUCAAACAUUACAAUAAAACAAACUUUAGUGGUUUAGAGAUUCAUAUUCCCAAUGCAUACUGUAACAGCAUGCUUCAGCUGCUGUAUUUGAUUGAUGCCCUCCGUGUUGGGUUAUGCAACCACCUGUGUCAACGUGAAUUCUGCUUGGCAUGUGAGCUAGGCUUCCUCUUCUUUAUGUUAGAUACGUCUGAUGGACAGACAUGCCAGGCUACAAAUUUUCUUCGUACGUUUCGCACAUUACCAGAAGCUUCUGCACUUGGCUUACUGCUCAGCGAUAAUGACAGUACUCAGAAGAAUAAAAGCUUGGCACAAACCAUACAGAACUGGAAUAGGUUCGUCCUGAGACAACUUCAUCAGGAUACAGCGGUUAAAAAAGAAAAUGAUGAGAAAAAUGACAAAAGCGAUCGGCAGUUUGAGGAAGAGGAAAAACCUGUGUCUGAUUUGGCAGAAGAAAAGAAUAAUGAUGAUGAGCCUAAGAAGGAAAGCGAGUCAGAUGAAGGGAAAACUAAUGAAAAAAAGUCAGCUAACAAAGUUUCAGACUUCGAGGGGCCAUCCGUCAUCAAGAAGUUAUUUGGGAUGGAUGUUACGUCGUAUCGAACAUGCAAGUGCGGUAUCGACCAUCAGCGUAAAGUUACGCUAUUUUCGACAGUUUUGACAUACCCUGAUCUCAAAGCAGAUGAUGAUACACCUUAUCCUUUUUCGAAAGUAUUGCAAGAAAGUAUGACACGACGACAAAACACACAAGCAUGGUGUGACAAGUGCAACAAAUACCAAAGCUGCAAACAAGUCCGCAAAAUCCACUCUCUUCCUGAUGUAAUUAAUUUGAACUGUCAUAUUGAACAUCCAAAAGAUGUUGAAUUUUGGAAGAAGCAGCAAGAGCUUCUGCGCCCAUUAAACCCCCCUCAAUCCAAAAUUACUGUUCAUUCGUCUCCACCAAAGGUUUGUCGUUAUGGAAAAUUUUGUAGUCGACAAGGGUGUAAAUUUGUUCACCCUGGGCGUGACGGAGAACCUGUCAAAACACCAACAGCAGAUUUGGAUGGCAGUUUCAACUUGAACACUCCAACAUGGCUGCCAGCGAUGAUUUUAGUGAAACACAACAAAGAAACAGAAGAAGUGGAAAUCACUGACCACAUUCCUGAUGACGAGCACGAUGAGCUAGAUGGUGUUGUGUACACAUUAGCAUCAAAUGUUUGUCAUAUUCGCGAUCCAACGUUCGGCUCAACUCUUGUAUUGCACGCUCAUGUCGGAAAGGACUAUCACACGAGAAAAGAAGCAGAAGAAAAGGAGCAGUGGUAUGUCUUUAAUGAUUUCGCAAUCACUCCAGUUUCCGAGCACGACGCAUUAUCAUUCAACAUGGAUUGGAAAGUUCCGUGUGUACUUGUGUACGCGAGAAGGGACAUCAACAAUGUUUACGAUCUUAACAUCUCGCCGCAGAUCAGUUCGAACAUUUUGUAUUCUGAUAAAUCACUCGCCAUGAAACAAUUACGGUUCUCACGUAAUUUUACUCCACUCAAUUCUUCUGAAGUCUUACAAGAAGGGGACGUUGUUGGAGUUGAUGCUGAGUUUGUUACCUUAAACCAAGAAGAGUCUGAAAUGAGAGGAGACGGAACGUUAUCAACGCUACGACCAAGCCAGAUGAGUGUUGCAAGAAUAACGGUAGUACGAGGGUGGGGACCAUUGCAAGGAGUACCCUUUAUUGAUGACUACAUAUCCACAUCAGAACAGGUUGUGGAUUACUUAACCAAAUUUUCGGGUAUCAAGCCAGGUGAUUUGGAUGUCAAUCGCUCAUCUAAACAUCUUACCACGUUAAAGACAUCCUAUCAGAAGUUGCGAUAUCUCAUCCAAGCCAAAGUGAUCUUUAUCGGUCACGGCUUAAAAAAAGAUUUUCGUGUUAUCAACCUAGUGAUACCACGUGAUCAAGUUAUCGACACUGUGGAUUUAUUCCAUCUUCCAAAACAACGUUACGUUUCCUUGAAAUUUUUGGCUUGGCAUUUUUUGAAUAUUAAAAUUCAAGCGGACACACACGAUAGCGCAGAAGAUGCACACACAGCCUUAAAAUUGUACGAAAAAUAUCGCGAACUUUUGCGAGCUGGAGAGUACGUUCUGGAAGAAGAAUUGGAAAUAUUAUACGACACUGGAAGACAGUAUAAUUGGCAGGUUCCUGAUUAGGCUACUGUUUCUAUCUUCGAGAGAUGCCUAAAAUGCGUAAAAUAAAGAACAUUAUAAGCAUAGUAAAGAAACAUACAAUGUCUUGUUUAGACUUUCGACACAAACGUUGCCAUUCAAAGAUUUUAUGUAGUCCAACUACGGAAAUGUGCAGACCUUGUUUCUUAUAAGAACCUAACUUAACGUGUACGGUUGAGUGCGGGAAUUUCCAAAUAUAAAAAACAUCUUAAUAUGUUCAGCGUGAAUUCUUCAAGCUUAAGAAAGUAAUGUGAAUAUAGAAUUACUAAGAAACUAUUAUUCAGAACAAUUUCUUUCUUUCGUUGUCGAUACCUUUAACGCGAUCUAUUUCUGGUAGUCCUAUUAAAUCGUCACCGCUAUAGGUAAAUCUGACCGCAUGUUUUCGGAAAUUUAGACGUUCUUAUAAAGAAAAAUUGUGUAACUCAACAUAAGAAAUUGUAACAGAAUAUGAAGCUUUUAUAACACUUAGAUUUGUGUAUAAGAAUUAUUUAUAUGAGAAGAAGUAUAUAAAUAACA